AUGUGGAGGCGAACCUAUUUGCUUCUACUGGUGAUCCGUGUUUACUUUGCGCUGUCACCCAGUUAUCUCCAUCCGGACGAGAACUUUCAGGGUCCGGAGAUCUUUGCAGGUCGCAACUUCUUCUAUCCUUCCAUACGACCAUGGGAAUUCACCUCCGAUCACCCCAUUCGCAGCGUCUUCCCGCUAUGGCCCGUCUACGAUGUGCCUAUGAGCCUGCUGAAAUGGUUCUACUCGGAGAUGGGAACGGGGAACCCGCCCCCAGAGCUGGUUUAUAAUGUCAUUCGAGGUGUCAUGUUCUUGUUGACCUUUGUACUGGAAGAUUGGGCAAUCUAUGAAUUCGUACCGUCUCCGCGGCAUCGGCGCGCAACCAUCGUGCUGGUGGCCUCCUCGUAUGUCACCUGGACCUAUCAAACGCAUACAUUUUCCAAUUCGAUCGAGACUCUGCUGGUCGCCUGGGGACUGGUCUUGAUCCGGCGCAUCAUUGAGAACAAGCGACGCUCUUCGCAUUUCUCCUGCGCCGUGCUCGCAUUCAUCGCUGUAGCUGGCGUCUUUAAUCGCAUCACUUUCCCGGCCUUCCUCGUCCUUCCGGGACUCCUGCUGUUGCCGCAUUUUCAGCGCAAACCACUCUCCAUCCUCUCCUUCACCCUCUCCGGACUGUUCUUCGCUUUCAUCGCAAUCCUCAGCGACACAAUCUUCUACAAACCCUCCGCAUCCCUCCUCGAAGCCCUACGCUCCCCCAUCAUUACCCCUCUCAACAACUUCCUUUACAACUCCGACGCCUCAAACCUAGUCCACCAUGGCCUCCACCCGCACUACCAACACUUCCUCGCCAAUUUCCCCCAACUCCUAGGCCCCGCCUAUAUCAUGAUGAUCGCGUCGCUGUUCACCGGCAAUCACAAACGACCGUUAGCCAUCCCCUCAUGGGUGAAGAACAUGCGCGCUGCAUCUGCCAUCUCCGCCACGAUCCUCCUCUCUGUCUUCCCGCACCAGGAACCGCGCUUUUUGAUCCCCUGCGUUCCAUUACUCCUCAGCUGUUUCCAUAUGCAAAGUACCCGGAAGCAAUCCGUGCUUCUGCAGGGAGCUUGGGUUAUCUUCAAUGUCGCCAUGGCUGUCCUCAUGGGCAUCUACCACCAGGGCGGCGUGAUACCGACUCAGCUCGCCAUUCCCGGCAUUAUCGCGGACCACCGUGCAGGACAAGACGCUGGAGCUGCUACCGUCUUCUGGUGGAAAACCUACUCCCCUCCGCGAUGGUUGCUAGGCGAGUCCCUCGACAUCACCACAAAUGACCUAAUGGGUAUUCCCGGCGGGGAACUAAUCAAUCACCUUAACCAUGCCCUCCCUACAUGCUCAGUCGAUGCGAACAACCUAGACAAGGAUAAGGGAAUCUAUGUGGUUGCGCCAAAAUCAGCCACCUUCCUCGAUCGCUACAUACCUACUUCUACUCCUCAGUCCAAUGAAGAAGAGGAGGAUAUCGAGCUCCACGAACUGUGGUACUACGAGAACCAUCUCAACCUCGAUGACCUGGACUUUGGUGAUGAUGGUGUGAUUCCUACGUUAUCUCGUGUCGUGGGUAGACGUGGGCUGGGUGUUUGGGCGGCUAGACGGCGGUGUUGA